AUGGCAAAUUCCAUUCCCCAGACUCUCUGGGGCGCCCGUAUCCCACUAUACAUCACGCACGCCUCAUCGCCCACCACCCCAUUCAUCACCAGCGUCCCUCGCUUCAGCUACCUCGCGCUGCUGCUGCCCCGUCUCUCAGCCUACUUCAACUCGACGUGCUCGAGCUUCCACUUUGAAGAUGUCCAGCUGAGAAACCUGGCAGUCGGUCUGCUCGUCGAUUUGUAUCAGCCCAAACUGCCGUUUCGACUGGUCGUCAGCGAUGGUAUGGGAUGGGAUAUCGGCGACACCUUUCUAAACUGUGUCAAAGAGGCGGACUUUAUCCGCAACGGCAACGCCAAUCAAAUUAUGAAAAUGUCCAAAGAACACACCACCCAGCUCUGGAACGCAGUCAUCGACAAUGACCACAGCUCCUUCGCAAAGGUCAAUACCAGACUGCUCAAUGCGCCAACAAACCUCAAGCACGUCCCUAUACGGAUAUACAUCCCCUCUGCGCCGGAGCACGCUGACCCAUCGCCGGCAGAGGACGCGGGCUCCUUCAAGAUUAUCCAGGCGCUCGUGCCGGCGACGAGUGCGGAUCGGAGGCCGAAGCUGCUGGGCCAGGCGCUCAAGGACAUGAUGCCCAAGUUGUUCCCGAGUAGUAGGGAUCCUGUGCUGGCUGGCGUGGUUAUGCAUGGGGCGGGCGUGCCGUUUGAUGCGCCGCUGGGUGAGCUUAUGCGGGAGGCGGCGUAUCCUGAUGGGUGGCUUUGUUUGGUGGUGACGGUUUAG